AUGGAUAAUACUCUCACUGCUGGCCAACUUGUUCAGAUCAUUGAUAAUCUGGAGUGUCCUCAUGGUCUGUGCCCCUCUAGUGCUCCUGACAAAAUUCUUGUUGCAGACAGUCACACGGUGAAAGAAAUUGACAUCAACAAUAAGCUAGUGACAGUUGUAGCAAAAGGAUUCAAAAUGGCUUUUGAUGUUGCAGUGUCAAGUAGUGGAGUAAUCGGAGUAUCUGAUGUCCAAGCAAACAAAAUUGUGCUCAUGAAAAGAACAGAUAAUGAUAUAUUUCAAAUUAACACAUCAGUAGGAAGUGGUGAAGCUGGAUGCUCUGAUGAUCCUGCAUCCAAAGCCCAACUGUUAGAACCUACUGGUUUAUGUUUUGACUUCAACACUCUGUUAUUCUGCUGCUUUGGUGGUAAGAACAAUGGCUAUGUACGGGUUUACACAACACUUAAGUUUGCAUACAUUGUAUUCAUGGCGAAAAUUAGGCAAAUAUAUGACACCAUUGGGUUUUUAGAAAAAACAGAGCACAAUCGUGUUGCAAGAGCUGGGGGAUAUAACAGAAUUGAAUAUGCUGAGGGCUUACAAUGGCUUUUGGAUUCCUUGUCGUAUUUGGAAAACUUUAUCAAACAGCGCAGAGCAUUUUUGAACACUGCUCCAGCUGGACCUGAAGGUACCAUGUACCACAUAUCUGUUAAAGGAUUUGCAGAGACAGUUUUGUCAUUACAAAAACAUUUAAAAGCAUUAGAGUCAGCAGGUUUGGGGGAUAUGGUGCCAAGUUUAAACCUUUAUGCGUUUACAAAUGAGUCAAGAAAGGAACAUGGGUUUGCCAAACACAAACAAUCAGGACAAUACAGACACCCAACAAAGCAGCAGUAUUGCCACUCCAAAGGAAGCCAUGAGAUUGAAUUGAUAAAAAAAAAACAUGCCAACGCCCACAUUCCUAUUACACAAACUCAUUUAGUUCAUAUCAACCAACCCACAUUCAGAAAGCCAUUUCUAACAAAAAGUGGAAAGAAUAAAUAUCGAAAGUCCUACAGUAAGAGAUGA